GGGAAGCUCAGCGCUUAGUUGAAAUGUGUUGCGCAAACACGGAAAAGUUAGUUCCAUCUGCAGCUUCGUGCAGUCACCUCGUGAAAAGAUGACUUAUCCGUGCAUUGUGAACGUGUUGACGGUGUUUUUUAUUUUAGCAUCAGCCUACGGUGAUGACUGCUUUGAUUGUGUCCAGAAAGGUGACUUCAAGCAUGGGGUGUCAUCAAUGACAGAUUCAAAUGAACACCUAGUAUAUAGGAAGCGGCAUUUUUUUGUUAUAAUACCAGUUGGCCUUCUUGUGAUACUUUGUAAAUGGUGUCUGUACUGUUGCUGCAAGCGCCGAAGAAGAGGAAUACCAUAUGCGAAUGUGGAGGAAGUAACAGUCACUGUUACACCAGAAACAAGACAGCCAUCAACUAGUGGAAGCUUGACACAUCCUCAGAACUUCCAGCAGCAACAGCAGCAGCAGCCACAGCCAUUGCCAAGGUCCCUUUAUAAUCCAUUUCAGCCUAUACCACUACCACCUCCACCACAAAAAACUGUUUCAUCAACUCAACCUCCAGGUGAAGAUCAACCGCCAUCAUAUAGUGAAGCAUGUGGCAUGCAACUUCCAAACAAACCAUCUUAUAAAUAAUAAAUUAUUAACUUGCAAGUUUAAUUUACAUAGGUAUUGUUGGUAUGUGGUUUGAAGGGAGAACAUUUUCAUAUGUUGUGCCAUUCAUUGAAGUGACCAGUAUUUUGUCAUCAGGCUACUAAAUUUUUAUUUGUGUAUCACAUAAUUAAAAAGGUACCUAUGCAGUGUAACCACAGUAUUCCAAUUAAGGAAAAUUCUGUGUUUUACCUGUUUCACAUUGCACUGCUGCUCUAAGUUAGUAAUCUAACUGCUGUAGGAAAAACAUUAUGCACAACCUGAAAUAUUCCACAUCUGCAAAUACAGUUACAUAGACAAAUAUUUUAACAUGAAAUUAGCCUACCCAAAAUACUACACUUACCACCCAAAAUAGUAUUUGAUAGUUCAGUAGACGUGCACAAUAUUCUAGGCCAUGCCUAUGAAUGACUUACAUGAGAGACUUCUUUCAGACAUACAUCCGCUGCCUCAUAAUGUAGACCAGUUACAGGUAUUUCCUACCCUAUAAAGAGUAUUUACAAGUAGCCAGGUCAUUUAUGAGAUCAAUAUUUUUAAACUUGUUCCAGCAUUACAUGUAAGCCUGACAACCAGUUGCCUGCCUCCAUAACUGGCCACCACCAAACUGUGGCUAAUUGUAAACACAACCACCCACUUGAUGAAUCUACUGCCCAUCACAACAUCAAUUACUGCAUUACCACACAAUUUGGAUCCCCUAUGUACAUUACCAAAGUACAUUACAAAGAAGUGAACAGUUGAGAACAGUCUCUCCAGCAUAUCCUCUGUUAUCUCAAUCCCAUGGAUCUAAACAUCUGCUAGUGCCCUUCCCAUAUCUAUGACCUUACUGAAUUUUUCCUCUUUUCUUUCCGUACACCACUCUCCUGCUCCUCUAAAUUUUAUACUUAAAUUUCUCUACUCACUGCCCCCUCCCCUCUCCCUGUUAAUGUUCAGUGAACAUCCCUUUUUCAGUCCCCACUUUGGUACCGUAGCUCCUUGCUAAUCUCUAGAAUGAAAUUUUCACUCUACAGCGGAGUGUGCGCUGAUAUGAAACUUCCUGGCGGAUUAAAUCUGUGUUGCUAAUCUGUCCUCCAUGCGUCCGGGAGUAUGGUCAGAAUGCAAAAAAAGGUGGUUGGAUGUGACCCAUUACAUCACAGUACCGCACAAUUUUAAUUUUCGACUGGAAACACUGUCUGAAAUAUUGUUCUGUGUUGAAAUAGUAACAAAACUAAAGGAAAAUGUCGACACACUAAAAAAUCUUACAUGAAAGUGUAAUGUAUAUUAUUGCCAAUGCUGUAAAAUAUGCCUGUAUAACACAGUAAGAUAUUGAUACUGUUAGCAAAAGUGUAACUUCUGUAGAUACUUUAUUACCAUACUACAUUGAGACAACCGAUUUAAACUGAACUGUAUACAAUAUGAAAAAUCACACAGUAAAAGGUGUUCUAUUCUUAAGCAGGAUGAAAAAAGUCUAAAAUGUUCUUUUACUUAGCAGAUGACAACCUUGAUAGUGUUGCAAUUUUCAGCCAUCCACAAAAUGUCAACUGGAAUAGAUAAGCUUGCUCGAUGAAUUUAAACACUAUAUCAAAUGCGUUUUUAAUAUCUGUAUGUGAUACUCAAGCUGUAGGUUCAUUAUCGUCGUCAUCUUUCUCAUUCUCAUCGGUUGUUUAGUUACAGCAUCAAUGAUAUCUUCGUCUUCUUGUUCUUUUUCUUCUUCCGCUUCCAUUGACAUUGCAUCUCAGGAUGGGACUUGUCAACAACCAAUGCUGUCAGUGUCUUCUCCAACCUCAUCACUCCAUCCCAACCUCUGUUGUGCUCUGGCUCUUCUUCCUCCAGGUGCACUGCAGCAGGCUUUACUUGUGGGAGCCAUCUCAUCGUGUCGUAUUACAUGUCCAGCCCAUCUCAAUCUACACAACUUUAGUGUGUGUAGUCUGGCUUCAGCUGCAAGAGACUGUGGUCUUGAGUGUGUGAGUUGUGUUUACGCACACUCUCAUUCCUUCAUCUUCUUCAGCUCCCAUUUUGAUACACAGGUCCAGAGAUUCUCCUCAAUAUAUUUCUUUCAUUUGAUCUCAGUCUACUUUCACCCUGCUUUGUAAUCGUCCACAUUUCUGAACCAUACACAAGUACUGGGCAUAUCAGCAUUUUAUAGAGUCGGCACUGAGUCUCUCAUGAUAGAAGCUUGGAUUUAAUAUGUCACAGCAUUCUAAAAUAAAACCAAUUAGAAGCACUUGUGCAGUCCAUAAUUUCAGUUGAUGUACUGCUGUUUGCUUCUAUCUUUGUGUGAAGACUUGUGAAACAUUCCACUUGCUCUAAAGUUAUUCCAUCAAGGUUUACUGUGGGCUGUAAGAGUUGAUUUGUACCAUUGUACAUACACUUGGUGUUUCCUUCAUUAAUUUUGAGGCCCAUCUUCUCUGCCCUCAGUUUUAGAGCUGAGAAGGCACCUUGUAGAUCUCUAAAUGUUCUACUCGUUAGGUUCAAAUCAUCUGCAUACCCAACAGUAGUAAAUUUAUAGUAGAUAGUACCUCUUGUCUGGAUACCCAAUUCAUGCACCACUUCCUCGAAUGCCAAGUUUAAGAGUAGCCCAGUUUGUAUGAGAAACUGGGGUGACAGCCUAGACUGCACUCGCACAGUACACAGGGGAUGACUUAGGGUGGCCUCUCAAAUGCAUCAACUUCUCAGGCACCCAAAAUUCCUGCAGUGCCUCAUAAAGUUUAGCCUGAUUUAUUGUGCCAUAUGCAGAUUUGAAAUCAAUAAAAAGAUGGUGCACACCAACAUUACAUUUGUUGGUCUCUUCUACUAUUUGCAGGAGAGUAAAUAUCUGGCUCAUAGUUGACUUUCCUGCUCUGAAUCAACACUAAUAAUGUCCAAUAAUGUUUUCUGUUGUGAGUGAAAGUCUACUAAACAAGAUAUUUGACAAUACUUUAUUUGCAAUAUGUUACGCCUCAGUAGAUGUCACAUUUGAAUAUAUCUCCAUUCUUGUGUGUCAAACACACUGUCCCUAAUAAAAUUUUCUCCGGCUUCCAGUCACGUCCAGUGGUUUAAAAUCCACAAGCUUGUGGCUGAGUUCUCCACGACCAUUGUCAAGUGGUGACAUGGCCGAGGAGAACUGGGCUUAAAACUCAUGUAUUUUAAACUACUGGACAUGACUUGAAGCCCGAGAAAAUUUAAUCAUUAUAUGUCACUGUGAAGCUAUGUAUUUGUAUACACUGACCCUAAAUUCCAUAUUUCUGGCUACUCUUUUUUUCCCAGCUAAGGCACAAAAUCUUGUAUAUCCUGCAAUUAAACUCAGCUCCUCUGGCUUUCAAUAGUUCUGAUGUUAUAUUAGCAGUCCCUGGUGCUUUAUUGUUCUUCAAUGAGCCAAUUGCUUUGUGUACUGCUCCUUGAGAGAGGGGAGGUGGCCUCAUCCUCUUUUUCUGGGGGCAUUAUUACCUCUUUGAUAGGGGGCUCUGGAGCAUCCAAUAGUUCACUAAAAUAUUCUACUCAAUGUUCCAAUAUCUCUUGGUCAUCAGCUAAUAGUUCCCCAUUUUUACUUUUACGUAUAUUAAUACAUGGCUUAAAAGUUCUUUCACUAUUAAUUAUCUGAUAGAAUUUUCUGAAAUUAUUUGUUUUUCCAAAUGUCCCCAGUCCUUCAAUCUGCUUUCUUUCCCAUUCCCUUUGCAUUUUAUGAUGCAGUUAUGCAGUUUCUUCUCUUCUUUCCUUUUAUCUGGAUAAUUUCUUACUCCUAAACGUAUAUAUGAUUUCUCAAGCAUUUUGCUAUAAGCCAGGUUUUUCCUAUGACUUAUCCUCUUGUAAUUUUCACAAACUAAGAAUUCAUUGGUUGUUUUUCUUCUUUCCCUAGCACUUUUUGUGCUGCCUUAAUGACUGUGUCGCUGCAAGCCCUCCAUUCCUGAUCCAGAGUAUCACUUACAGUAGAAGUGUAUAGUGCAAGAUUCUGAAUAAUAUUCUCAGAGUAUGUUUUAGCAAUGUCUUCAUUUUUCAGUUUUGAUACCCUAUACUUUCUUUAACAUGUUCCUUUCACUUUCCUUGCAUUAGAUAUCUGAGCUCUUAGUUUCGCUAUUACAAGGUGUUGGUCUGAAUCCAUGUUAACUCCUCUGUAGGUACGUACAUCUAGUAAGUUUGAGAAAUGCCUACUGUCAGUAAUUACAUGAUCAUUUUGGUUGAAGGAAUGGUGAUAAAGGCUACACCAUAUUGCUUUAUGGAUCUUUAGUGUGGGAAUGUAGUGCAACCUACAGUCAUGUUACGUGAUAGUGCAAACUGAAUAACUCGGUGUUCAUUAUCAUUUGCGUAUUCAUGAAGGCUAUGCUUUCCCAUUGUGGAAUGCUAAUGAUCUUUUCCAGUUUGUGCAUUGAGGUCUCCCAUAAUUAUUUUAACAACAUGCACAGAGCAUCUGUCAUAGGCUCCCUCGAGAUUCUCAUAGAAGGGAUCUUUGUCCUGAUCAUCUGUUGCUUCUGUAGCUGCAUUUAAACUGAUCAAUGGACAGUUUGCAAAUCGGGUCUUCAGUCACUUGUGAGAUUCUAGAUGUUAUUCCAAUAAAUCCACCCACUAUAUGUUUAAAUUUUUGUCUUACUGUGAACCCUGUACCAGAUUCGUGGUUGCUCUCUGGACCAUGGUAGAAAAUUAUCCAGCUUUCUGUAUCAAGCACUCUGUGUGCAUUCCAUCACAUUUCUUAGUGCAACUUUGCCUGCCAUGGUUUCUUUACAUUGAGGUUUCUGAACACGGUUUUUUUUAUAGGAAGGGGCUGUCAGCUGCUUGCCCAACCCACAGCUUGGAGGACCACAAUUUGUGUCAGGUUUACUCCUUUAGGGAAGUUCGUUUCCCUACACCUCUAGAGCCUUCCCUACCCAGUGUUGUGGGACACACUUUGUCUGGCUCCUCCGUCAAGACCACUCCGGCUUGGGGGAUCCUGUCAGUAGCUACACUACUGCCAGCACAGCUCUUGACUUUGAUGGAACACGCAAGCUCUCCCACCCAACACUGAAGGUGCCUCUGACAGGUGCCAUGGGAGGGACAUCAAUGAUCUGGUCAGCAGUUAAUUCUACUUCUAUUGUACAGUUAACAUCUGCUGUAAUGAUCCACUCAUGUCAUUUGCCUACAUGUCUGGUUGUAAAGACAGCAUCAAGUCUUUACAUUUAGUUGGUGUCAUUAGUUUUAUGUUCUUCAAUAUGUAAGAACAGCACUGUCAGUAAUUUAUAAAAUAAGUGCUUGUGCAAUAACGCUUAUUGAUCAAGUUAGAAACAAGUUAUUUCAUACUAAAACUGCUUGAACUAUCACACGGUGAGUCACUGACAAGUCCUGUACCAAUGGCCCGUGUACAUUAAACUCCAGAUACUGGUUGGUUGAACUAAGCGGAGAGUCAAACUAUCCAAGGUCAAAUUAGUGAGGUUCUGCAGCACUGUCACUAAGAGCUAUAUUUGCCCCUUCUAUUAUGCUUCCUAUUAUCACUUCACACAAUACGUUUUACUCUCUCAGGUGCAACAUGCUUUUCCUCUUUGCCCAUUGUGAUCAGCUUGAGCAACUACUCGUAAAACACUUCAGGUGUGUGUGUGUGUGUGUGUGUGUGUGUGUGUGUGUGUGUGUGUGUGUGUGUGUGUGUGUGUGUGUGUGUGUGUGGGAGCAGUAGCCUGAAAGCUAAAGGUAGUAAAAUGGUUGGUAGCAAUUUCUUAUGUCCUUAUUUUAUAGUAUAUCGAAAAUUUUAUUUUCAUAUUAUGUUACUGCUAUCCUUCUUGUUCUUACCACAAAGUAAAGCUCUUAUACUGAGUACUCAGUUGUUCAGAGUGAUUACCAGUGCAUGGCACACACAAUUUUACUGUGCACUCUCAAAUAUCCCUGUUACCCAUUAUACAUUGAGACAGUUUGUACUGUAGUUACCACAAAGUACAGAUCUUAUACUGAGUGCUCAGUUGUUCAAAAUGAUUACCAGUGUGUGGCACACAUAAUUUUACUGUGCAAUAUCAAAUAUCCCUGUUAUCCAUUAUACAUCGAGACAGUUUAUACUGUAGUUUCAUACACUAACAACUUUAUGUAACCCCAUUAUUGAAACCAGGUCAUUUUAUUGAAUACUGCAAUGUUUUAAACCCUGCAUUGAAACUACAAUACUUACUUAGGUCUUGUAUUGGAAAAUGUAACACUGUUUACCAUAUACUGGGUACUACAAUAGAAGUUUACCCAAUUAAAUAUUGGCAAAUAACACCUGUAAAUUAAGAAAUAAUCUUCAGAAUAACAUGGAUAUUUAUACUUAUACAGUAUGUCCCUGGAAUAAUAGCCAAUAUUCAGGGAUUAGCCAAUAUUCAAGGAUAUGACAGAUGAUCAUUCAGAGCAAAACAGUGCCAUAAACACGAGCUCUAAAUUGCAUACCUUAUAAUCUCUGAGCACUUAUUAAGUUGGUAGAGCACAUACUCAUGAAGGCUAAAGAUCCCAGGUUUGAGUCCUGGUCAGGCACACAGUUUUAAUUUGCCAGGAAGAUUUACAGUGCCUCUUUGAAUCAUAUCAAAUCUGUUGAGUUGAGAUAAAAACCAAGUAUUAAAAAUGUAAAUUGCACCUCAGAUCAAAAUUCUAAAAUGUACACAAUUCUCACAGUUACAAAUACUAACAUCAUAUCUAGAUUUUUGUAACACUGAAACAAUAUAAAAAACUGGAAACGUUUUGUUCAAGGGAAAAGAUGACGCUGAAGUGUAAUUUCAGAUUCUGGAGUAUCACAACAAUCACCAAGCCCAAAUUCCUCAAAAAGUUAAAAACAGAAAUGCAAAAUUAUGUUUAUAAAGAAUACGAUCAUUUAGAAGAAAUGGAGACAUUGUAUGAAAAUUAACAUCAUCUGUUUAAUAUUUAACAAACAAAUUGAAAUAUCAUUAGUGGUCUUCCGUAAGAAGCUAAAAUGUGAAAAUUGUUUUUGGACCAAGUACAACAUGUUUGUCACAGAAAGGAGGAGGGCAGAGUCGCUGACGAGAUGUGUUAGGAUACAGGCAUAUUAUGUAAAUUCUUCUCAAGUUACAGUGUUUCACAAUUUUAGUUCUUAUAUUUUGGCUGAAAUACUUCUAAGAUACGAGCUGAGCAAGAACCCUAAAUAAAUCAUGAAGAGUAUUGAAACUUAACAGCUGGUGUUUUCUUUGUGCUAAUUAAAUCCAUUAUGAGUUCUUGCAAAGAUGUGAGUGUGAGCUUAGAGAUACUAACGGUGCUGUUUCAACUUGUAUGAGACCAUCGAGAACAAAGCUAAGUAUCCUGUAAAUAUGUGUGUUUUUGAACAGAAACAGAAUUUGUAAUGUUGAGCUUAAUGUCAGAUGUGGUGGAACAUGCUAAUUCCAGUGGAGAUAUCGAGCAGUGCUUACAUUACAAGAGGUACAAACUCCUACAGUAUGGCACCAAAUCUUGAAUGAACACCAGGUAAUGUGCAGUGUUCAGAUGAGAUAAUAAUUAAAGUUGACAUUGUACAGUUCCAGUCCACAAGUUGAUGGAAGAUUGUUGCUGGUGGUUUGAAACAAGUGUAGCAUAUCAAUUUUCAUCACCCACAACAUGGCUGUUGUAGCAGCUGAUAACUUCAUCUCAGUUGAGCACACAAUUCAGCACUGCUGUAGUGGUCUAAAUAAUCCACUGACAGAAUUGAACUCUGGCUUCAAAAUCAGUAGGCCUCAUUGUCUGCAUAAUUGUUUAUGAUAUGAUUGUAAUUGUAAUGGCUGAUUCACUAGUAUUCUCCACACUGUUUUCUUCGAAGUGCACAUGUUGACUUGGAGUUACUGAUAAAUCUUCUCCCACCUUGUCCAAAACCAUCCCAGAUACCACUGAGCAAUCACUUCUUUGUCAAGAACCUUGGCCAGCUCACUGAGGAUUUAACAAGUCUCUUCCUAUCCAUGGUAAUAAAUUUCUCCCAAUUAGAAUGACACUUAUAGUGAAAUUUUUUGCUGAGCAUGUAUUCUGCUUUCCUGACAUUCGAUCUUAGUGCACCAUACAUUAAAGCAUGUAUGCAAUUUACUGUAAUGAGUGAUGGUCUGCAAUUGAUAAUCAGUCAGAACUUCAAACAGUAAAAUCUUCCCCUUGGACACAUCACAGAUGCCUAUGAAUUUUUUUUAAGGUUUUGUAGCAUCACUAACACCAGUGGAGGACUCACUUAUUUUACAAUUAAUUUGUGACAAUAUCAGCAUUCUCUCUUGUUAAAAGUUAAAUAAGUUGACAAGAGCUCCACUAUUUGUUCUGUUCUUGUGACUGGAUUAUCUUUGAUGGUACUGUAGUUAAAAAAAACAGUGAAGAGUCAAGAAGCCCUUGUUACAUUAAAUAUAAGCUUAGUUUCUCUGCUUUAAUGGUGUAUGAAGUUUCCAUUUCAAUAAAUAUUAAUGUGUGCAAUAUGA